AAAGGUCGGUAUUGACGUCACCUGAAGAGCGCCCGGGAUGGAGCGGGCGAUUUCUGCCGCUCCUACCACCUCUGCGGCCUCAAAGCCCCCCUCCGUCGCCACCGCCUCCUUCCCCUCCCCCUCCGCCUCCCCCUUCUCCGGCUUUUCCACCACCUCUGCACCACCCAGGCCUUCCGUCCUUGACAGCGAGCCGUGUUUGGUCUCCUUCCCGGGCCUGGGGCUCAGCCAUGGCGGACGGCGGCGGCGGGGGCACGAGCGCGGUGGGCGGCGGCGGAGCGGGCCAGGCCUCCGCGGGGUCUGCGACGGGCGCGACGGGGGCCGGCGGGAGCGGCGGCCCCAUCAACCCGGCUUCACUGCCUCCCGGUGACCCGCAGCUCAUCGCUCUCAUCGUGGAGCAGCUCAAGAGCAGGGGCCUCUUCGACAGCUUCCGCCGGGACUGCCUAGCCGACGUGGACACCAAGCCAGCUUACCAAAACCUGAGGCAGAAAGUGGAUAAUUUUGUGUCAACACAUCUGGACAAGCAGGAAUGGAAUCCUACGAUGAACAAAAACCAGUUGCGAAAUGGUCUGAGGCAGAGUGUGGUUCAGUCAGGGAUGUUGGAAGCUGGAGUGGACAGAAUUAUUUCUCAGGUGGUGGAUCCCAAAUUAAACCACAUCUUCAGGCCCCAGAUAGAACGAGCAAUUCAUGAGUUCCUGGCUGCCCAGAAAAAAGAAGCUGUGCCAGUGCCCCCUCCAGAGCCUGAAAGCCAGGACCCUCCUGCUCCGUCCCAGGACGCUUCCUAAGAAUAUGCCUGACACCUUUUGGAAUCUCUACUGAAUUAAUGGUGAAGAAAGGGAUUUGGUUACAUAAAAGUACAGCUUCAGAAUGAAGACAGGCCAAGAUUGUCACUGAUUUCAAGAUUCAGCCUUGACUGUUCAGGUGUCCAACUGGAACAGAGAACACGUUUGGUAGUAGAAAAGUUGGUUGUGUGUGCCCUGCACAUUGUGCUGCCACCUGAGCAGGCUGGCCGGGGAAUGACACCCAGUAAACACUACAGAGAUUUGAAGAAACACUACAUCAAUCUGGGGUUGUCUUGAAACAAACCUUUAUACUUGAACUUGGAGACUGCAUGUAGAUUUUAAGGUUUGUGCUUGGGGACAAACAAAACAGUGAAGGAACGUAAUCAGUCCCAAAGAUGCAAUUCACAGCCUUACAGGGAAGGUUGCUGGAGUUCGUGUUUGACAGUGCUCGCUUGAUACUGUUUCUCAGAGUUGCAAACUAGAAUGCACAAGCCUGUUAGCAUCAAAUAGCUUUCAAGUUGUUGUAACCCUCUUGUACAUGAAUCUUGUAAUUUCGGUCUGAUUUCCCCUGGAAGACGUGAUAAAAUGUGGGACCUAGAAUACAUGAGGUGUAAGAAGAAGCUAGUGCAGGCUCUCUGUCUGGGCUUCUUCCUGCUGAGUAAGGGCUAGGGUUUAUUUUUGGGUGUGUUUAUUUUCUCAUGUUUUUUAGAAAAGUGAAUGAUCAAUAAAUGGCUUAAGUUUUGUAAUAAAAUCAUUUGAUACUCUUA